AUGCUUGUGGCUGGCCACCUGAUGCUCCCACUAUCAGCCCCCCAACUCCUCACAGCCAUCCCCCCAAACACUCCCACCACCCUCACCCCACUAUCAGCCCCCCAACUCCUCACAGCCAUCCCCCCAAACACUCCCACCACCCUCACCCCACUAUCAGCCCCCAACUCCUCACAGCCAUCCCCCCAACACUCCCACCACCCUCACCCCACUAUCAGCCCCCCAACUCCUCACAGCCAUCCCCCAAACACUCCCACCCUCACCCCACUAUCAGCCCCCCAACUCCUCACAGCCAUCCCCCCAAACACUCCCACCCUCACCCCACUAUCAGCCCCCCAACUCCUCACAGCCAUCCCCCCAAACACUCCCACCCUCACCCCACUAUCAGCCCCCAACUCCUCACAGCCAUCCCCCAAACACUCCCACCCUCACCCCACUAUCAGCCCCCAACUCCUCACAGCCAUCCCCCAAACACUCCCACCCUCACCCCACUAUCAGCCCCCCAACUCCUCACAGCCCUUCCCCCAACACUCCCACCCUCACCCCACUAUCAGCCCCCAACUCCUCACAGCCAUCCCCCAAACACUCCCACCACCCUCACCCCACUAUCAGCCCCCAACUCCUCACAGCCAUCCCCCAAACACUCCCACCACCCUCACUCCACUAUCAGCCCCCAACUCCUCACAGCCAUCCCCCAAACACUCCCACCACCCUCACCCCACUAUCAGCCCCCAACUCCUCACAGCCAUCCCCCCAAACACUCCCACCCUCACCCCACUAUCAGCCCCCCAACUCCUCACAGCCAUCCCCCAAACACUCCCACCCUCACCCCACUAUCAGCCCCCAACUCCUCACAGCCAUCCCCCAAACACUCCCACCCUCACCCCACUAUCAGCCCCCAACUCCUCACAGCCCUUCCCCAAACACUCCCACCCUCACCCCACUAUCAGCCCCCAACUCCUCACAGCCAUCCCCCAAACACUCCCACCCUCACCCCACUAUCAGCCCCCAACUCCUCACAGCCAUCCCCCAAACACUCCCACCCUCACCCCACUAUCAGCCCCCAACUCCUCACAGCCCUCCCCAAACACUCCCACCCUCACCCCACUAUCAGCCCCCCAACUCCUCACAGCCCUUCCCCAAACACUCCCACCCUCACCCCACUAUCAGCCCCCCAACUCCUCACAGCCAUCCCCCAAACACUCCCACCCUCACCCCACUAUCAGCCCCCCAACUCCUCACAGCCAUCCCCCCAAACACUCCCACCCUCACCCCACUAUCAGCCCCCCAACUCCUCACAGCCCUUCCCCAAACACUCCCACCCUCACCCCACUAUCAGCCCCCCAACUCCUCACAGCCAUCCCCCAAAACUCCCACCCUCACCCAACUAUCAGCCCCCAACUCCUCACAGCCAUCCCCCAAAACUCCCACCCUCACCCAACUAUCAGCCCCCAACUCCUCACAGCCCUUCCCCAAACACUCCCACCCUCACCCCACUAUCAGCCCCCAACUCCUCACAGCCAUCCCCCAAACACUCCCACCCUCACCCCACUAUCAGCCCCCAACUCCUCACAGCCCUUCCCCAAACACUCCCACCCUCACCCCACUAUCAGCCACCCAACUCCUCACAGCCAUCCCCCAAAACUCCCACCCUCACCCCACUAUCAGCCCCCAACUCCUCACAGCCCUUCCCCAAACACUCCCACCCUCACCCCACUAUCAGCCCCCAACUCCUCACAGCCAUCCCCCAAACACUCCCACCCUCACCCCACUAUCAGCCCCCAACUCCUCACAGCCCUUCCCCAAACACUCCCACCCUCACCCCACUAUCAGCCCCCAACUCCUCACAGCCCUUCCCCAAACACUCCCACCCUCACCCCACUAUCAGCCCCCCAACUCCUCACAGCCCUUCCCCAAAGACUCCCACCCUCACCCCACUAUCAGCCCCCAACUCCUCACAGCCAUCCCCCAAACACUCCCACCCUCACCCCACUAUCAGCCCCCAACUCCUCACAGCCCUUCCCCAAACACUCCCACCCUCACCCCACUAUCAGCCCCCCAACUCCUCACAGCCCUCCCCAAACACUCCCACCCUCACCCCACUAUCAGCCCCCAACUCCUCACAGCCAUCCCCCCAAACACUCCCACCCUCACCCCACUAUCAGCCCCCCAACUCCUCACAGCCCUCCCCCACCCCACUAUCAGCCCCCAACUCCUCACAGCCAUCCCCCAAACACUCCCACCCUCAACUUACUAUCAUCCCCCAACUCCUCCCCCUAUGUUUAUCGUGAGCGUAAAGUGAUGGCCAAAUCCUCUUGGGCUGUCCAAGGCCUGGGAUGA